AUGGCACCGGCAGUGUCCUCGUCGGGGCUGCUGCUUCUCUGCCUCGCCGCCGUCGCGUCCGUCGCCGGCGUCCUCCAAGCUCGCGCACAGCCUGACAGCAUUGGUUUCAUCAGCAUAGACUGUGGCCUGUCCGGGACGGCGAGCUACGUGGACGACACCACCAAGCUGUCGUACGUCCCGGACGCCGGCUUCAUCGACGGCGACGCCGGGUCCAACCACAACAUCUCGGCCGAGUACAUGACGCCGAUGCUCUCGAAGCGCUACCACAACGUGCGCAGCUUCGCCGCCGGCGGCGGCGCGCGCAACUGCUACACGCUCCGCUCCAUCGUGGCGGGGCUCAAGUACCUCCUCCGCGCCACCUUCAAGUACGGCAACUACGACGGGCUGAGCCGGCCGCCCGUCUUCGACCUCCACGUCGGCGUCAACUACUGGACGACGGUGAACAUCACGGACGCCGACGCGGCCGUGAUCGUCGAGGCCAUCGUCCUCGUGCCGGACAGCUCCUUGCAGGUGUGCCUAGUCGACACCGGCUCCGGGGCGCCCUUCAUCUCCGGGCUGGACCUUCGGCCGCUCAAGAGCACGCUCUACCCGCAGGCCAACGCGACGCAGGGCCUGGUCCUCGUCGCCAGGCUGAACUUCGGGUCCACCGACGACACGGCGCUCGUCAGGUACCCCGAUGACCCACACGACAGGAUCUGGAUACCUUGGGUCGACACGGCCACCUGGAACUCCGUGUCGACGGCGCAGAGGGUGCAGAACAUCGACAACGACAUGUUCGAGGCGCCGUCGAAGGUGAUGCAGACGGCGGUCGCGCCGCGCAACGGGUCGAGGAGCAUCGAGUUCAACUGGGACUCGGAGCCGGGGCCCAAGGACCCGACGCCCGGGUACAUCGGCAUCAUGCACUUCUCCGAGCUGCAGCUCCUGCCCGCCGGCGCCGUGCGCCAGUUCUACAUCAACCUCAACGGCAAGCCGUGGUACCCCAAGGCCUUCACGCCGGAGUACCUCUACAGCGACGCCGUCUUCAACACCAAUCCCUACAGGGGGAUCGCCCGGUACAACAUCUCCAUCAACGCCACCGCCAACUCCACGCUGCCGCCGAUCAUCAACGCCAUCGAGGUGUUCUCCGUCAUCUCCACCACCAACGUUGCCACGGACUCCCAGGACGUAUCUGCCAUCACGGCGAUCAAGGCCAAGUAUCAUGUGCAGAAGAACUGGAUGGGUGACCCGUGCGUUCCCAAGACUCUUGCGUGGGAUGGGUUGACGUGCAGCUAUGCCAUUUCAAGCCCUCCAAGAAUCACCGGCUUGAACCUAUCCUUCAGCGGUCUUAGCGGCGACAUAUCAUCGUCUUUCGCAAACCUGAAAGCCGUCCAAAACGUGGAUCUGUCACAGAACAGCUUGACAGGCUCAAUUCCUGACUCCCUUUCGCAACUAUCUUCACUCACAGUUCUAGAUUUGACCAGCAACCAGCUCAAUGGAACAAUUCCCUCUGGACUUCUCAAAAGGAUUCAAGAUGGUUCCCUAAGUUUAAGAUACGGAAAUAAUCCAAGCCUUUGCUCCAAUGGCAACUCGUGUCAGACGACGAAAGGGAAGAGCAAGCUAGCCAUCUACAUUGUCGUUCCUGUAGUUCUGGUGGUUGCGGUAUUAGUAGGAGUAGUGGUACUGCUACUCUGCUUCAUCCAGAAACAAAAAAAGCGAGGGCCAGCGAAGAACGCCGUGAAGCCUCAGAACGAGACGCCACUGAGCCCUGCGCCAGCAGGUGACGCGUAUUCGCAGAGCUCGCUGCAGCUUGAGAACCGCCGGUUCACGUACAAGGAGCUGGAGAUGAUCACGAGCAACUUCCAGCGCGUCCUCGGCCGGGGAGGCUUCGGCUCCGUCUACGAUGGCUUCUUGGAGGAUGGCACGCAGGUGGCUGUCAAGCUGCGGUCUGAUUCUUCCAAUCAGGGCGUCAAGGAGUUCCUCGCAGAGGCUCAGACCUUGACACGGAUUCAUCACAAGAAUCUCGUGUCUAUGAUCGGUUACUGCAAGGAUGGGGACUACAUGGCACUUGUCUACGAGUACAUGUCAGAAGGCACCCUACAAGAGCACAUUGCAGGAAAUGGCCGCAGCAGAGGAUUCUUGAGCUGGAGACAGAGGCUCAGAAUCGCUGUGGAGUCAGCGCAAGGGCUGGAGUAUCUACACAAAGGGUGCAACCCGUCCCUCAUUCACAGGGAUGUGAAGGCUGCCAACAUCCUACUCAACGCCAGGCUAGAAGCCAAGAUCGCCGAUUUUGGCCUGACCAAGGCUUUCAACCGCGACAACGACACUCACGUGUCCACGAACACGCUAGUUGGCACACCCGGAUACGUUGAUCCAGAGUACCACGCAACGAUGCAGCCGACGACCAAGAGUGACGUGUACAGCUUCGGCGUCGUGCUGCUGGAGCUGAUCACGGGGCGGCCGGCCAUCCUGCGCGACCCGGAGCCGACGAGCGUCAUCCAGUGGGCGCGGCAGCGCCUGGCGCGGGGCAACAUCGAGGGCGUCGUGGACCCGCGCAUGCGCGGCGACCACGACGUCAACGGCGUGUGGAAGGCCGCCGACGUCGCGCUCAAGUGCACCGCGCAGGCCUCGGCGCAGCGGCCCACCAUGACCGACGUCGUGGCGCAGCUCCAGGAGUGCCUCCAGCUCGAGGAGGCUCGUGCCGCUGGUGACGUGAACGGCGGCGGCAGCAGCAGCAGCGGCCCGUACUCCGGUUACAAUGCGUACGGCGCCGGUGAGGGCCAGUCCACUGACGUGAGCCAGAGCAGCACCGGGUUUGAGGUGGAGCACAAUUUCGGGAGGGUGCCGACAAUGCCCACGGGCCCUGCCGCACGCAAGCCUCCAAUGGCGCACUGCCGGCGCAUCCACCGCUUCCUCUCGUCUGCCGCCGCCCGAGCCGCAGCGCCAAUCCGUGCCCGGCACGUGCCCCGGUCGCCCGGCACGUCCGCGCAAAGCGCCCGCAUACGGGAGCUAGGCCGCCUCGGCCGCUUGCGCGAGGCCAGGGAGGUGUUCGACGCGAUGCCCUUCCGCGACAUCAUCGCCUGGAACUCCAUGAUCUUCGCCUACUGCAACAACGGGAUGCCUGACGCCGCGAGGUCGCUCGCCGAGGCGAUCUCCGGCGGGAACCUGCGCACGGGCACCAUCCUGCUGUCGGGCUACGCGCGCGCUGGGCGCGUGUGUGACGCCCGAAGGGUGUUCGAUGAAAUGGGCGUGCGGAACACCGUGGCGUGGAAUGCCAUGGUUACCUGCUACGUCCAGAACGGGGACAUCACCCUCGCGCGCAGGCUGCUCGAUGCAAUGCCGAGCAGGGAUGUCUUGUCAUGGAACACGAUGCUUACUGGGUACUGCCAUAGCCAACUGAUGGAGGAGGCAAGGACUCUGUUUGAACGAAUGCCAGAACGCAACUUGGUUUCUUGGACAGUGAUGAUUUCUGGGUAUGUUCUGAUUGAGCAGCAUGGCAGGGCUUGGGACAUGUUUCGCACAAUGCUAUAUGAAGGAAUGACACCAGAGCAACCAAACCUUGUUUCUGUGCUUUCAGCUGUACGUCAUCUUGGUAAACCUGGCAUUCUAGAGAGUAUCCACGGUCUUGUGCAUAAGACUGGCUUUGAGAGGGAUGUUGUCGUUGGCACUGCCAUACUUAAUGUUUACACUAAGGAUGUCAAUAUGCUUGACACUGCAGUAAAAUUCUUUGAAGGCAUGGUAGUUAGGAAUGAGUACACAUGGUCAACCAUGAUCGCUGCACUAUCUCGGGCUGGACGAAUAGAUGAUGCUUUUGCUGUUUACAAGAGAGAUUCUCUAAAGUCUGUUGCUAGUCGGACUGCAAUGCUCACAGGCCUUGCUCGAUAUGGAAGGAUUAAUGAUGCAAAGAUUUUAUUUGACCAGAUUCCUGAACCUAAUGUUGUAUCCUGGAAUGCCAUUAUUACUGGGUACAUGCAGAAUGAAAUGGUUGAUGAAGCUGAAGAGCUUUUUAACAGGAUGCCCUUUAGAAACACAAUAUCUUGGGCUGGGAUGAUUGCAGGGUAUGCGCAUAAUGGGAGGAGUGAACAAGCUUUGGUUUCACUCCAAGCUCUCCAUAGGAACGGAGUGUUACCUAGCCUGUCUAGUUUGACUAGUAGCUUCUUUGCUUGUUCAAACAUUGAAGCUCUUGAGACAGGGAAGCAAGUUCAUUCACUUGCAGUAAAGGUCGGCUGUCAGUUUAAUAGCUAUGUAUGUAAUGCACUGAUUACUCUGUACGCUAAGUGCAAAAACAUAGAGCUUGUGAGACAAAUCUUUGAUCGGAUGACAGUUAAAGAUACAGUGUCUUAUAACUCUUUUAUGACCGCACUUGUACAGAAUAAUCUGUUUGAUGAAGCAAGAGAUGUAUUUGACAAUAUGCCGAGUCGAGAUGUUGUCUCUUGGACUACGAUGAUAUCUGCAUAUGCACAAGCUGACCAGGGGAAUGAGGCAGUAGAGAUUUUCAGAAGUAUGCUGCAUGAGCGUGAGUUACCCAAUCCACCUAUAUUAACGAUACUUCUUGGUCUUGGUGGAAAUCUUGGUGCUCCCAAACUUGGACAGCAAAUUCACACAAUCGCUGUUAAACUUGGAUUGGAUUCAGGACUCGUAGUGGCUAAUGCUCUUGUCUCUAUGUAUUUCAAGUGUGGUUCUGCAGAUUCCCUUAAGGUUUUUGAUUCAAUGGAGGAACGAGACAUUUUUACAUGGAAUACCGUCAUUACAGGCUAUGCUCAACAUGGCCUUGGAAGAGAAUCCAUCAGGAUGUAUCAACUAAUGGUAUCUUCAGGAGUGUUGCCUAACGAAGUCACUUUCGUGGGGCUUUUACAUGCAUGUAGCCAUUCUGGUUUGGUAGAUGAAGGGCGCCAGUUCUUCAAGUCUAUGAGCAGUGAUUAUGGACUAACUCCUCUACUGGAGCACUAUGCUUGCAUGGUUGACCUACUUGGGCGAGCUGGUGAUGUGCAAGGAGCUGAACAGUUUAUUUAUGAUAUGCCUAUUGAGCCAGAUUCAGUGAUCUGGAGUGCGCUUCUUGGGGCAUGCAAGAUUCACAAGAGUGUAGAAAUUGGUAGGAGAGCAGCUGAGAAACUUUUCUCUAUCGAGCCAUCCAAUGCUGGGAAUUAUGUCACGUUGUCAAAUAUAUACUCCUCCCAAGGGAUGUGGGACGAAGUUGCGAAGGUACGAAAACUUAUGAAAGAACAAGGUGUGAACAAGGAUCCUGGUUGUAGCUGGAUGCAAAUAAAGAACAAAAUGCACUCAUUUGUCACUGGAGAUGAGGAACAUGAGCAAAUUCAAGAUAUAUAUGCUACCCUUCGGGAGUUAUACACUUUGCUAAAGGCCACAGGGUAUGUACCUGACACGGACUUUGUUCUCCAUGACAUAGAUGAAGAGCAGAAGGAGAGCUCGCUUCUGUACCACAGCGAGAAGCUUGCUGUUGCUUAUGGCCUUCUUGUUACACCCAAGGGCAUGCCCAUACAGAUAAUGAAGAAUCUUAGAAUAUGUGGUGACUGUCACACUUUCAUCAAAUUUGUAUCCUCUGUCACCAAGAGACAAAUUGACGUCAGGGAUGGGAAUCGAUUCCAUCAUUUCAGGAAUGGAAGUUGUUCAUGUGGUGAUUUUUGGUGA